CGGCGGUGCAGGUGCUCUGUCUCUUCGGGAGAGGAUGCGGAUGGAAGGACGGGGGAGGGAAGGGAUGAAGGGAAACGCCACGAGGAAAGAAAAUAGGAUAUGAAAAGGGGCUUUUACUAAGAGACUGUGAGGUGCAAGGUCGAAUAUGAGAGAUUGGUUGAACGGGGCACUUUGCGUGGUAAUAGCUGGUCGGCAAUAGUACUAUGAUUUGGUAUGUGGCCACUCUGAUAGCAAGUGUAUUCAGCACCAGAGGAACGGCCGCUCAAGGUUCCCACGGAGUGAGAGAGGAGCCCCGGUUUGUGACGGCGCGCGCCGGUGAGAGCGUGAUCCUGGGGUGUGACGUGUCCCCUCCCCUGGACGGCCAGCAGCCCCCAUAUGUGGUGGAGUGGUUCAAGUUUGGAGUGCCGAUUCCCUUCUUUAUCAACUUCCGCUUCUACCCUCCUCAUGUGGAUCCAGAGUACACUGGUAGAGCCUCUCUGCACGGGAAGGCUUCCCUACAGAUUGACCCGGUGCGCUCCGAUGACCAAGGCUGGUAUGAGUGCAGGGUCCUGAUGCUGGAGCAACAGUACGACACCUUCCACAACGGCAGCUGGGUGCACCUCACAGUCAACGCCCCACCUUCAUUUACAGCGACGCCGCCACAGUAUGUGGAGGCGAAGGAAGGGGGAAGCACUCUGCUUAGCUGCUCUGCCCAGGGAAAUCCCAAACCAAUAAUCAGCUGGCUGAGGGAAGGGGAGGAGCUUGCGACCGACACAAAAUAUUCGGUACAUGAUGGCAGUCUAACCAUCCUGGGCAUCACUAGAGAUGACAGAGGGGCGUACACAUGCCGAGCCUACAGUGACCAGGGAGAGGUGCUCCACACUACCCGUCUGUUGGUUCAAGGGCCUCCAUUCAUCGUCUCUCCACCAGAAAACCUCACAGUAAACAUAUCCCAGAACGCACUCUUCACCUGCCAAGCGGAGGCGUAUCCUGGCAACCUCACCUACACCUGGUUCUGGGAAGAGGAUAACGUCUACUUCAAGAAUGAUCUGAAGCUUCGAGUGCGCAUUCUCAUCGACGGCACGCUUAUCAUCUUCCGGGUCAAGCCGGAGGAUGCUGGGAAAUACACCUGCAGUCCGAGCAACAGUCUCGGUAUCUCGCCUUCGGCAUCAGCCUACCUGACUGUUCAGUACCCUGCCCGAGUGAUCAACAUGCCCCCCGUCAUCUACGUCCCACGGAAACUGCCUGGCCUCAUUCGCUGCCCCGUGGACGCCAACCCACCUGUGACAUUAGUGAAGUGGGAGAAAGACGGCUAUCCCCUCAGAGUGGAGAAGUACCCUGGUUGGAGCCUGACACCAGACGGAAGUAUCCGGGUGGAGGAGGCCACAGAAGACUCCCUGGGCACCUACACCUGUGUGCCUUACAACGCCCUGGGUACCAUGGGCAUGUCCCCCCCUGCCAAUUUGGUGCUAAAGGAUCCCCCUUACUUUAACGUGAGACCUGGAGGGGAGUACCGUCAGGAAGCUGGGAGAGAGCUUGUUAUCCCCUGUGCGGCCUCUGGAGACCCUGACAUACCUGCCAUCACCUGGAGAAAGGUGGGGAAGCCAAGCAAGAGUAAGCACAACAUCCUACCCAGUGGCAGCUUACAGUUUCUGUCUCUCAGCAAGGAGGACCACGGAGAAUGGGAGUGUGUAGCCACCAAUGUGGUCACAAGCAUCACUGCCAGCACACGUAUCCUGGUCAUCGGCACCAGCCCACACGCUCCUGGUAAUAUCCACGUAUUGCCCUCAACAACCUCUGCUAAUGUGUCCUGGGAACCAGGAUAUGAUGGCGGCUUCGAACAGACGUUCUCUGUGUGGUAUGGUCCAGUGUCAAAGAGAACCGACUUCGGUCCUCAUGACUGGCAUUCGAUGCCAGUUUCUGGUGCUCAGACGUGGUUGGUGGUGCCGGGGCUGGAGGCCGGGACAGAAUACCAGUUCAGUGUGCUGGCACAAAACAAACUGGGCACGGGCCCAUUCAGUGAAGUUGUGACAGUCAACACUGCAGGCUCUCCUCUGGGUACCCCAGAACCACUAGUGCUUCUUACUCCACCACGGUGCCUCACAGCCAACCGCACGCAGCACGGUGUUCUCCUCACAUGGCUCCCUCCAGCCAACCACUCCUCACCCAUCGACCGAUAUAUCAUAGAGUUCCGCCUCGGGGAGAGGUGGGAGGUUCUGGAUGACCUAAUCCCAUCCACUGAGACCGAGCUCAUAGCCAGAGACCUGAUUCAGGAGUCCUGGUACGAAUUUCGAGUGAUGGCUGUCAUGGAUGACCUAAUCAGUGAGAGCAGCAACGUAGUGGGAGUGUCUAGCACGGAUCCCUUCCCCCCUGCAGAGUUGCCUGAUGAGGGGCUGGCACGGCCAGUGGUGGCGGGGGUUGUGGCGACUAUCUGUUUUCUGGCAGCGGCAGUCCUGUUCAGCACUCUAGCAGCUUGCUUUGUCAAUAAGCAACACCGUCGCAAACUCAAGCGUAAACCAGAUCCUCCCUUGUCGGUGACACACUUCAGGAAAAGCAUUGAGUCACCGCCUCCUCUCACCCCCUUGCCAGGGGUAGAGCCCUGCUGGGAUGAGCCUGCCAGGAGCAGUUUCUUGCCCUCGCCUGCCAGCCCCCUGUUGUCAUCGGGGAAGAUAAGUCCUGAGAGCUCUCCGCCAUCUCGGCCCCGCUCUCUUUCUUCAGAUGGUUCCCAUGGCCCAGGCCUCUAUGUCAGGAAGCUGCCUAGCCCUCUGAGAGAACGAGACAAAGAGCUCUCCUUCUAUAAGAAAACCAAGCGUGCCAUAGCCAGCAAGAAAUACAGUGUGUCCAAGUACGAGGCAGAGGUCACCACGCCCAUUGAGCUGAUAAGCCGCGGCCCUGAUGGCCGCUUCAUCAUGGAGAGCCCACCGCCCCGCCGCAUCCAUGGCUUCCCCUUCGCAGAGGAGUCUGACAUGUACCCAGAGUUCCGGCAGUCUGAUGAGGAGAAUGAUUUUGACCCCGGGCCUCUGCCGCCCAUCAUGCCCACGCUGAGGCCCCAGCUCUCCCCAACGUCCUCCAGCCUGGAGUCAACGCAGCCCCCCAACUACAGCCCCCGUCUACACAGGGCCAUGGAAGGUAUGAGCUUUGCAGAGGGCAGUGCACUUCACGCCUCAGGGCAGGCCCCGGCCUCCCGCUACAGGGGCUUUCCCCAGGGCCCAUUCUAUGGGUAUCUAGGCAGCCGCAUUGAAUCAGGGAUUCCACCACCAUUCUACAUGCCUGACAUCAGCCCGCGUAGCUCGGCUCUGUCCUCCCCACCAGGCACCGCCGAGGGGCCCUAUGGUUACCCCUCCAUCCCCGAGGAGAGUGGAGAGAUGGAUCACCAUCAGUACAGUGCCUCUGGCCAUUCUAUGUCUCACAUACACAGCCCUCCUCGCUCUCCUGAUAGCUGGCAUCCUCAUGAAUUACCGUUCCUGGGUCUAGAGGGUCCAAGGUUCAUAUACCCACCUCACCAUUCCUUACAUCCUUCCCAGAAUCUCCCUGAUCCACCCCCAUACCCUCCUCACUCUCUCCCCUCCAGUCGCCUGCACCUCUCUUCCCUAAAGGAUCCAACAAGCCCCGGACUCCUGCAGCUGGAGGUCCCUGUGGCUCCCCCAGGCAGAGACAGGUCCCUGGGGCCUCCGGUUAGGCGUUUAGCUAUGCAACAGGCCCAGAGUCUCGGCCUACUCAGACACACGGCCCACGGUGUGGGUGUACCAGUGUUGCCUUACCCUGACCCGGCAGCCCGUGCAGGGAGCCCAAGCACAGCCCCCAGUAGUAGCCCUCAGUCCUGGCUCAGUCCGAGGGCGGGGCGCCGGGCGGACCCCAGCCUACCCCCGCUAGUACUCCAGCCCUCGCGCCUCUCUCCACUCUCCCAAAGCCCUCUUAGCACCCAGCCGGGUUCCCCAGAUAUUCUAGUGCGGCCUCCUCCGCGCCCCAGCAUCCUCCGCACCUCUCGGUCUCUGGAGAUGCAUGAAAUCACCCUGCAGCCCUCGGUCAGUUUCUCCCGGCGGUCCUCCCUGUCAGCCUCUCCCACACAGAGCCAGGGCGUCAUGCAACCCAGCCCCAGUUACCACGCCCACAUGUCCUAUGCCUCCACAGCAGCCAGUUACCCCUCCCAGUCUCCCUCUCCCCCUCUGGAGGGCAGGGAUGUUUUCGGGCAGAGGCCAUCCCAGAGAAGGACAGAGGAGGAGAUGCUACCCUCAGAGCCCUCUCAGCUCCAGAUAUCAGCCUCAGGGGAGCCUUUAGGUGCGUCUGGUGAUCCUGCCGGGUCUGAGAGCUUACCAGCACUGCUUCACCACUGUAUUACUAAAGCCAAGGGAGUGGCUGCCAACAACAAUAACAACACGAACUCCGGAAGGAGAACAGGUGCGUGUCCCUCUCAGACCCAGCAGCAACCUCAGACACCCCAAGAGGGACAGGAUCUCCACAGAAAGAGGAAAAGGCAAAACAAGAAGAACCCCUAUAUCUAUUUAACCUCCUUCCUGCACCGCAAGCAGUCUGAGGAGGACCAGACAGGCAUACUGGCCAGUGCAGACUCCGAGGGCCCAAAUUAUGGGACUCUUCGCUGACCCGUGGGCACACCAAGCCAUUGGACUCGACUAGACAGACCCCACCUCAGCCCUCCCUUCUCCACCCCGGUCUCUAGCUAAUGCAUUUCUCAUAAUCUCCAAAAGUUCAUCGGUGUUUGGGGAGCGGGAAACAUCCUCCUGAAUACUCUGGGGGUUGUAAAACUUAUUUCAAGACAAGAACAAUGGCUUUUCUGAGUUGCCCACCACUACUUGUCUCGGAAGAAUUUCACUUGAAAAUGCUCUGAAAAUAUAUAAUGUAUAUAAAUAGUAAAAACAAGGGAAUUAAGCUUCCUUCUGAAGUAAUAAAAAUGUGUUGGUUGAGUAUGUAACAACACGUUAAAGAUUUUUCACUCACUGGUCAUUGAGGGGUCCAUAUCUUUAGGUUUUCCAGUGAUAUCGUGUACUGUGAAGCCUGGUGCGUCCUCGGACAUGGACAUGAGUCUACCUUUCCUACAAUACAAAUAGUGUCAGUAAUUAAACACAGGGUUCUACCACAAAAUAUACCUCAGAGUAAACGCAGAGUUGCUGUAAUUCUUGUGGUAUACUGUACAUACUUUACCUUUUUACAGAUAAAACUUAUGAACAAAAAGGUUUUUAUCGCACUCAUUCAAACGGAUAAUAUGGCCUACCGUUAUCUGAUUAAGAAGCUUUUUACUCCCAGUAGUAGCUGGCAUUUUGCGUUGAUUUUCACCCAUCCAAUGCCAACCAUUAGAGAACUGUCUUAAUUGUGGUGCUUGAUGGCUCAGAGUGUUUACACUUCUCAUUAUAGCACCGAAUCAAGAUUAAGAUCCUUCAUGAGAGAUCCCAAAGUAAUUUGGGACUUCCACGCUCACCAGAUUUUGGUAUUGUAGGGUUAGAAGAAAAGGGUGAUGAAUUGUGUGUACUGUUGUAUGUAGUUCAUUAUUAAGGAAUAAUUUGUGAAACGUGGCACGUCUCGAGGUGCCUUUUUUGCCUUUUCUCUCUUGUUUUUACAAACAUAAACUGCCUUUUCCUUCGCCUUCUCAUAUUUGUCUCUUCUGGCUGCAGGGAGGGGGGAGGGGGGGACUCCAAUAUUAUGUUUUUUUACUUUCUCUGCCAAGGACACAAAAUUCUACAGAGGAUGCAUAACUCUUGUUUUUUUUUUCAUUUAUAUUUUAAAUGGCUACUUGCGACAACUGUGUAUAUCCGAGUACUACGACAGAACCAGAAUACCCAUACCAACACAAAUAUAGAGACGUUUAGAUUCAGAACAGGCAUAUAAAUACAAUGAAUAUAACUUCAGUGGAAAACUACAGAAGUACUGUGCAUGAGUUUUCAUGCGGAAAGAACAAACCAGUAGAGUAAGGAUGUUAAUGUUUAACAACAGAUGUUCGAGGAGAAUGUGAUUGCUUCACAAAGCUGUUAACAAGCAAUGGGACAUAUUCAAACAAUGGCCACCCUGACUGUUUAUCUUUAACAACUGUAUAUUACGUGCUAGCUGCUUCUCUGUACGUUUGUUAAUUUUUCGACACUAACCGAUAAUGAAUGUAUGUUUUUGCUGUACAGGAAAUGAAUGUCCCGAUGUCACAGUACAUUGAAUGACCCAUUACGUUGUUUAUAGUGCGAUUGGUGAGAUGACCAGUGAGCACAUUAAGUCCAAAUUGUUUAACUUCUCCGUGUUAUUCCUGUACGCGGUAAUAACAGGCCCGCACAGGUUCUGAGCCAAGCUCCCUUUCUUCUGACGGCUCCAAAAUCAACUGAUUCCCUUUUACUGCUAAUGCUAAUUCAAUCACUCAAAGACAAAUCAGAUACAUUUCCAUCUGCUUCUAACAAAUCAAAGGUUUCUCCGGCAAAUAUCCACAUGAAUGAAUCGACUCAAUGUCUGCUUACUGAAAUCUCUUUUGACAAGUGAGCGAGUGAUGGUUGCCUGAAAGUGAGCGUCAAAGUGCAUAUUCUACUUUAGAAAAUUGGUUUCAUGUAAGAUACGAGUACAAAUAUAUAUAUAUUUGUUAUGUACUGUACAUGGUAUGUAUUGUAUUUGUAAAGAUAACUCAAACCAUGUUUUACAGGAAGACGUUCUUGUAUGAGGAUGUGUAAAAAGACGGGUGAGGAUCCCAAGGAAAAAUAAAUUAGAUUAUAUAUCUAAAAGUUUUUGCUUACAGUACGUUUUAAGUGAAUAAUGUUUCUUAAACAUUUUAUGGUGCCUCAUUUGUUAUACUUUAGCAGACAUUAUUUUAUCUGAGAAGAAAAGAAACCUUGAUGUUACCGUACAAUGUAUUAUUGCCAUAGCCCGCUGGCUGCACAAGUUAAGUAGUAUUUUCUCUGAUGUAUAGUACGUGAAUGCCCAUUUGGAAAAAGCUUCAGAAGCAGAAGUGUGUUGCCCUCUAUAAUAAUAUUCCUGGAACAAAGUAAUACUGUAUUUUACCCGUUCAUGAGCACACGUGUAGAUUCACUCCAGAUCGUUCGCCUUCAGGUGUCCAAAGCAAAUACACUGAAGGAAACUUUUUUCUAAGAGUCACAGACAUGCUAUAGUCAAUAUACAAGACGUGGUGUGGAGGAAGUUGUGUUUACAUUAGUUUGAUAAAGAAAAGUGUGUUAGGGUAUAGUUGCUUUCAACAUUACGACUUGGUGCUAUGUUUAACUUUGUGGUGCUGUAGAAUAGAGGUCUGAAGAUUUUUUGUUUUGUUUUCUGUUUCCAUGAGCAACUCUUUCGGCCCUGUGUGUUUGAGCAACUAGCUCCAGUAGACACUAAGUCCUUAUCAUAACAGUAUCAAUGAUGUGAUGACAGUGAUAAAAAAUAUUGGAAAAAUAGUAUAACCUCAAAUAAUAGAGACUUGUGACAUUCAAAUGAACUCAAGAUGACCGGUUUUCUAUAGUGUGUUUGCAAUGUCUGUGUGUGCUUCCAAGGUACCCUCUCUAAAGCAUAUGUGUGAUGAUAUUAGGAAUAUUAACCCAGCCUAAAAGGUGAAACAUAACCUGGUUUAGAUUAGUACACAACCACAAGUCACGUGGGAGAGGAAUCUAAGAGCAUCGUCAGGUCACAAGGGGAAUUUUCCUACACAUUUCCUGUAGGUCUACCAUCUUUGGUUAACGGCACUAUUUUUCAAGCACACUAUUUCAAGGGGAACCGUCUCACAUCAGUAGAAUUCCUACUAGUACUGUACAGUUUGGCCAUGUGUAGUCAUCAGACCACAUUUGUAUUUAUUGCUGAUCCUCCUGGUAGAAAGGUAUUGUGAACGCUCAUACAUCCCCUCCGGGCUCUUUUUGCAUAUUCAACAGAAACAUGUACAUUGUUAAAGAGGGCUGCUUUGGACGUACUACUGUUAGUUCAAUUUUAUUUGAUUUUUUUCUCAAUUUUUCUGAUUACAGCUUUUAGUGCAUCAGUAGGUGCUGGUAGGAUGAUACUUAGAACUGAUUUGAUUUUUUAUUGUAUUAAUCUUGCAUGUAGUGACAAUACAAAAAAAAAAAAAAAACGCCUAUUUAGCAAUCAUUCAUGGACAUCCGAGCUGGUUGUUAUUGGACGGAAAAUAGAAAUAUGUAGUAUUUUCUAUGUUCUCUGUUUUUUCAUGUGUACCAGCACUGAGAAACUAGAAUGUAUUAUUAUCGUAGGCUACAAUAAGCACUACAUCGUUGACUGUUUUUAGCUAAUGCUCAUACUCAAGCAAACCAAGUAGUGCUUAAAAAGGAAGACAAUUUACUACAUUUCCUUUCAUUUUCAUUUUCAUCCACUGAACUCUGUGCUGUACAUCACAUGUUUACAUUCUGUAUCAUAUUUUGUUUUUUGUACAUGAUUUGUCUCCAUAGUAUUCUUUAAGUUGUCUACAAUGUUCAUAUGUAAAUAUUUCAAACCGUUUUCUUUUUUACUUUUUACUCUGUUUUAGAGUGAUAACCUGAUGUUUCUUUUUUUUCUGUCAAUUUUCAGACUUGUCAUUCUGUUCUGUCACUGCAUCAGGUGUUACGCUUCACUUACCUUUUUGUACGCAAUUAACUCAUACUGUAUGGUGCUGUACCAAAGCCUUAUGUAUAAUAUUUGUAUUACUUUCUCUCUCGUUUGCCACUGCUGUCCAGUGAAUUCUGUAUCGUCCGAGAUCAUGUCUUACUCACUCUUCAUGUUCAACUGCCAUGGAUCUCGUUGCUUUAUUGAGUAAACAGAAACCUGAACAAACUAUAAUGUAAAAAGAUUCUGGCCUGUAACGUACUGGCCUGGAUAGUGACAGUCGCCAUCAAAAGCCUUUAUAGGGAAAACUGCACAGGCUCAGUCCUGGUGGCUCAUCAUGACGUAGACGUGGGCCUGGCCCAUGAUCCACGCUCCUGUAUAUGGCAUGUCUAUGAGAAUAUGA